UGUAGAAAGAGAGGAGAGAGAUGAGUCAGUUAGUCCAGCUCCUUUAUUGAUAUGUUUUGAGUGUGGAUAUACUCCUGUUGGUGUAUUCUGUUGUCUAGUAGUGUACCUUCUUGAUAAGAAAACAGAUCAAGUAUUGGAAUGGAAGUUAACUGGUAAUGAUCAAUAUCGUAACAGAAUAACCUUUCAAGUUGGUCAAUACUAUGAUACUGUUACCUUAAUCAGUCGUGCUACUUAUCUUGAAGUGUGGGUUCAGCAACAAAUGAGUCCUUCACUGAAUGAUCUCUGUGAUAAGAUAUUAUUUUCAUUGCACAAAGGACUAGUCACUGUCACACAGUCACUUCAUUACACUUACAAGUCAAAGCAUAUGUUUGGAGUACCAUGUACAUGCAUUGGAGUACCUCAUCCUGCUGUAAUAGAGUAUUGUUCAGAAGGAGCUAAGUGUACUAAUGGUAACUUAUUGAAACUUGGCGAGAAACAUUUGUACUGGUCUAAAAAGGUUGUUGAUCUGAAUACUGGAGCUCAAAAAUCUAACAAAAGCUGGCAACCAUCUUGUAAUGUAGCUGCUACAAAAAAUGAAGUUCUUCCAAAAAGUAUCUUUCAAAGCUGCUUAGCUGAUAUUACUGAUGCAAUUUCAUCAGAUGUUACACAUGUUGCUGUUGAUCUUUGUACUGAAUCUUUAAUACCAACAUCUUUAAAUAAUGACCUUGCAUCACUUUUUGGUGUACCUAACUUCGACAAAGCUAACAGGAUCACUAGCUACAUUCACAAGCAUAUAAUAUCUAAUUCUACAGCUGAAGCUACUGAAUAUCUCACCACUGUUUGUAAUGUGUUGUAUCAAAGAGAUGACAUGAGAUUAAGAAACAUUGCCGCUGAUAUUUGUAAGAAAUUAGGCAAACCAGUUCCUAAAGGUAAGAAACAAAAUAAAUUUAAGAGAGUAGAUACUGAUGAUGACAAUACUUUAAGGCGAAGCCAAUCACAAGAUAUGCAAGGAGAAAUGUCAGUACAUAAAAGAUUAAAAUUAUCAGAGCUAUCUGAAAUGGAUGACGAUACACAAUCUUCAAGCAAUACUAGUAGUGUAUUGGGACUUAAAAGACACAGUGAAGAUGAAGCCUCUCAAUCUAUUUUAACAAAUAAAAAACAAAGACUUUUGUCUGAUGAUGUUGAUUCUCCACCUCCCUUUCCUCUUAAUAAAGGAUAUGGUAAAAAAUCAACUGGAAAUAAACCACACAGAAUAAAAACUGGACAGCCCUCUGAUGAGGUUAGAAAAAGGAAACAAAAUGAAGAUCAUGAUGGUUCAUCAAGAAGUACUAAAAGGUUUAAAAUAUCUGGUAAUAAUGAAAUUACUGCAGAAACAACUAUUGAACAGGAAAGUUCAUUGUCUCAUAAUGCAGAUCUCCUGUUGGAAAAGAAGCCACAAAUGAGUGAUCUUCUUAGGCUAUUUCAAAGUUUUGAUGCUUAUUAUAUGAUUAUUGGGACUGCAUUGAAUGUUAAAGUGGAUGACCUGUUAUCCAAUCCACAAUCAACUACUAAUAAUCUGAUUCAAGUAUUCCAGAGAUGGAUAGAAUUUGAUAACGAUGUGACUUGGAGGAAUAUUCUGCAAGUUUGUGAAGAUUAUCCUAAUAAGUUUGGAAAAGUAAAAUCUGAUGUGCAACAAUUUCUUUCAUCAGAUAGAGCUCGUAUAAAUUAUCUUAAAUAAGAAAUCAACAAAUAAACCUGGUUGUAAGAAAUAAUGUAAGCUACAUAUUAUACAUUUACAUUAGCUUUAUUUUCUCAAGUUUCAUUUACAGGCAGUAAAAGAUAAAUUUUAAUUUAAUCCGUAUUGUUUACACACUAUCACUUAUUAUUACACUUUUGUAUGUUUUAGUUAUAAAUCAUAAAACCUUACAAUUUUGACAUUAAAAAAUAUUACAUAGAAA